CUACACGGAAGCCCUACAACUUACCAAUGAGGAUGAUAAAGCACUCCGAGCUGUUCUCUACAGAAAUCGUUCACUGUCGAGGUUGAAAGAAGAAGAUUUUGAAGGGGCCGAGAGCGAUGCUACAAAGGCUCUCGAAUAUGACGGUGCUGAUGCAAAAGCUCUAUAUCGGCGAGCUCUUGCACGUGAACACCUCGACAACGUUGCAGCAGCAUUCAAAGAUGCAAAGGAGGCCUUGAGACUGAGCCCCAAAGACAAGGCUAUCUCUGAAAUGCUGCAGCGACUGGUCGUUGCAAAUAAUGAGAAGGUGAAGAAAGCUACAAGUAUGGAUAACAAAGUAAGCGACAUGAGCAAGCUUGCUUUCGAGGGUUCAGCUAAGGAUAAGGAGCAGAAAGUGCAGGGGAAGAGUGUACCAGUUCUGUUGGCCGUUGCAGAAGACAACAAUGAGCCACUGGAAAUAUCGGUGUGUGCAAUUCGAAUCGUGGAUGAGCUAAUCAAGAACCAUGGCAGAGCCUUGCUCUUCCUAUCCAUGCAUGACAAUGAUGGCCUGCGUUCUGUACGACGUGUCUGUCGUAUAAUGUGUGCAAGAGAUGCAAAGGAAUACGUGGAUGCCGCUGGAUUGAUUCUUCAACGAAUUAUUUA